AUGUCAAUCCCUCAAUCUCAAAAAGUUCUACUUAUUGAUGGACUAAGUGAGGGUUAUGAAGUUAUCAAGUACGAGGAUUUCGCAACUCCUAUCAUUGUUACUGAUGACGAAGUCAUAAUCAAAAAUCGCUACACUGGUGUUAACUAUAUCGAAUCAUAUUUCCGUAAAGGUAUUUAUCCGGCAGAAUUGCCUUAUGUAUUGGGAAGAGAAGCUGUCGGUACAGUUGUAGCUAUUGGUAAAAGUGUUAGAGAUUUAAAAGUUGGUGAUAAAGUCAGUUACAUAGCAGGCGCCACUUUUGCUCAAUUCACCAAGGUGCCAAAUUCGACCCAUGUGUUCAAGCUGCCAGAUACUACGAGCACUGAACAACUCAAGUUAUAUGCUGCAGGUAUGAUACAGGGACUAACUGCAUUAACCUUCGUCAACGAAGCAUAUGACGUGAAAAAGGGAGACUACGUGCUAUUAUAUGCGGCUGCAGGUGGUGUUGGUCUGAUUUUCAAUCAAUUACUAAGAAUGAGAGGAGCUCAUACAAUUGCUGUGGCAUCUACUAACGAAAAACUAUCUUUAGCCAAAGAGAAUGGCGCUGAGUUUUUGAUUAAUUCCAAGGAGGAUAACAUUCUUGAAAAAGUUCAACAAAUUACAAAGGGCAACGGUGUCGAUGUGGCAUUCGAUUCUGUAGGGAAGGACACUUUUGAAACCACUUUGUCAUGCUUGAAAAGAAAAGGUACUUUCGUAUCUUACGGUAAUGCCUCGGGGCCAGUACCUCCAUUUCCACUAUCUCGUUUAUCGCCAAAAAACAUCAGACUCCUAAGACCACAAUUGUUUGGUUAUGUUGCUCAAGCUGAUGAAUUCCGUCACUAUACCGAAGAAUUGAUUUCUUUAAUUGAUUCAGGGAAACUGAACAUCAAGCUCUUUAAGAUUUAUCAACUUUAUGAUUACGUACAAGCAGCAAAAGAUAUAGAAAGUAGGAGUACUACCGGUAAGCUUAUUUUAGAAGUCCCACAAUAA